AGAUCCAGGUAGGGCUGAGGCUGGGGGUCUGAGAUCCAGGCAGGGCUGACUCUGGGGGUCUGAGAUCCAGGCAGGGCCGAGUCUGGGAGGCUGAGAUCAAGGUAGGGCUGAGUCUGGGGGUCUGAAAUCCAGGCAGGACUGAGUCUGGGGGUCUGAGAUCCAGGCAGGGCUGAGGCUGGGGGUCUGAGAUCCAGGCAGGGCUGAGUCUGAGAAGCUGAGAUCCAGGCUUUACCUCCUUAAAAACCCCGCGUGCAAAUACACUGACAUUCUGAGUUCCUGGGGGUAAGGGUUUGAAUGUGUGAGGUUGGGGUUGGGGGCGGGGGGGGGGGGCACACAAUUCAGCUCAUAAUGGGAAAAAACUCAGAAAACGGACCAUAGUCCAGCGGCUUCCUUGGCAUUAACGAGCGUCAUUCGGAUCGGGACUGUGCGUUCGAUCAUUACCGAGAACGGCUGUUUACAGAGUAAAACCAAACGGUCUAAAAUGUAUCCAGAGGAAACCACACGGCAACGUGUCCCCCGUCCUCACCACCAACUCAGCCUCCGCACGUCGGGCCCUGACUACGUUCCGGCAAAGCUUUUUUUUGUUUGUUUUUUAAUAAAUACCCUUUUUUUUUUUUUAAUGUAGACUUGAAAAAAAAAAAUCUGUGAAAUCCCCGGCACGGAGGGACGGCGCCCUGCCCCCGCCCGGCCCCGGAGCCCGCUGCGAAAAAGAGGAACCUUUCACAACCUUUGUGUGUUUAAUUAAAUCUGCAGAUGACGGCUUGCCGUUAUGGGCAGGCGGCUGGGUCCCCUGGGGGGCCGGGGACCGUGUCGACUUUGCUGGGGGGCGGGUGUCGCGGACGGACCGCCACGGGGUCCUUUCUCUGAAGGGACCGCCGCCCGUGCACCAGUGUAAGGGUCCCCACCGCACGCCGGUCAGAGCAGCUCCGCGGGGACAGCUCGCCCAGGACCGUCGCUACCCGCGCGAGCGCGGGAGCAGCCGCGCCAGGAUGGAUAUGAACAUGACCCGGCCGGACAACGCCACCAUCGUGAUGCUGCGCGACCCGACCAUCGCGGUGGUCCUGCCCGUCGUGUACUCGCUGGUGGCGCUGGUCAGCAUCCCGGGCAACCUCUUCUCCCUGUGGGUCCUGUGCUGCCACAUCGGGCCCAAGUCCCCGUCGGUCAUCUUCAUGAUCAACCUGAGCGUCACGGACCUGAUGCUGGCCAGCGUGCUCCCUUUCCAGAUCUACUACCACUGCAACGGGAACCACUGGGUGUUCGGGGAGGUGCUGUGCAACGUGGUCACCGUGGCCUUCUACGCCAACAUGUACUCGUCCAUCCUCACCAUGACGUGCAUCAGCGUGGAGCGCUUUCUGGGCGUCGUGUACCCGCUGGCCUCCGCGCGCUGGCGCCGGCGCCGCUACGCCGUGGCCGCCUGCGCCUGCGUCUGGCUGCUGCUGCUGGCCGCGCUGUCCCCGCUGGCGCGCACCGACCUCACCUACACCGUGGAGGCGCUGGGCAUCGUCACCUGCUUCGACGUGCUCAAGUCCACCAUGCUGCCCAGCGUGGCCAUGUGGGCCAUCUUCCUCUUCACGCUCUUCAUCGUGCUGUUCUUCAUUCCCUUCGUGGUCACCGUGGCCUGCUACACGGCCACCAUCCUGACGCUGCUGCGCGCCUCCGACCCGCACGGCCGCGGCCAGCGGCGCCGCGCCGUGAGCCUGGCCGUCGUGGUGCUGCUGGCCUUCGUCACCUGCUUCGCACCCAACAACUUCGUGCUGCUGGUGCACAUGGUCAGCCGCCUGUUCCUGGGCGGCAGCUACUACCACGUGUACAAGCUCACGCUCUGCCUCAGCUGCGUGAACAACUGCCUGGACCCCUUCGUGUACUACUUUGCGUCCCGCGAGUUCCAGCUGCGGCUGCGGCGCUAUCUGGGCUACGGGCGGCUGCAGGCCUGCGGCCGGGACGCGCGCAGGGAUACCCUCUUCUCUGCCCGGACGCUGUCGGCGCGCUCCAUGUCCAGCGGCCACGGCGAGGGGCUGGACGGCCCCAGCCGGCCCUGCCUCCAGAGGCAGGAGAGCGUGUUCUGAGCCCCGCACCGCCAGAGUGGGGGCGGGGGGACGGCUGGGGACGGAGGGGUCGGCCCUUCCCCGCCGGCCUUCCUGCUGCUCCUACUGCCACAUCAGCCACGGUGCACUCAGAGAGGGUCCCCAGAUGGGCCUGCUGCUCCUAGGACGCAUCCGCCCGGUGCGCACAGAGAGGGUCCCCAGAUGGGCCUGCUGCUCCUAGGACGCAUCCGCCCGGUGCGCACAGAGAGGGUCCCCAGAUGGGCCUGCUGCUCCUAGGACGCAUCCGCCCGGUGCGCACAGAGAGGGUCCCCAAGUGGGCUUGAGUCUGGUGUCCCAACACGGCCGCAGAGCAACAAGACGGAACCCCCCGCGGUGUAACAGGACAGGACACAGCGGGCCAGGCCGACUGGCCCUGCUCCCUGAGGAUGACGACCCAACCUGACCGAACAUCCAGCCAGCCCAGCUGAGACCCCAUCGACCCCCUACAUCCGCCUGCCUUGUUCUCUGUGCCUCCUGCUCGGGACGCUGGGGACACAUGUUGCUCCCCAGCCUAGCAGCGCCUGGACUUGCUGUUCCUACCAGCCUCGGUCACUGUCUGUGCUGGGAUGUACCCCGACCAGAACAGAUGGGCCCCUCUGGCCUCUGUUUUCCCAGACCUCACAGGCUCCCCUGCACCCCAUGUCACCCGGUCCCCACAGGAGCAACCGUUGCAAGGCUUCCAAAGCGUUUGGUCACUCUGGUUCCUCCAGCUGCACAAUCUACAAAAAUGUCACGAGUCACAAGGUCCAGACGGGAAGGACAUCCGUCCCGAAGGUGUAGGUCAGGCCCCCCACGCGGGUGGAGGGUCUCCGGGCCCAUGAGACGCCGCUGAGGCUGAGCACUGUGAAAGACGAUGGCUGUCCGCACCUUCUGCCGGGCUCCUGGACAUGGUUCCGGGUCCAGCUGGCCCCGAGGUGCCCUCUGGCUCGUUCUCGGCCUCCUGCUCCCAGCCGAGAGCCCCUGAGUCACAAGCAAGGCCUCCCGGCAUGUGAGGUGGGCUUGCGCACCUAUCCUGACCCAUGGGACCCUCUGGGACCUGGACACCCCGCAAGACCAUGGACCACAGAAGCCUGGGGAAGGAUCAGCACCCGAGGCCCCUUUGUGCCUGUCGGCCGCCUCUGCAUAUGGGCGGGGGCAUCCUUGUCUCUUCCUGAGCCCAGGGCACAUCUGAGCCAGCCCUGACUCAUGUGCUGCUUCGGGAAGACAAGGAACCCCAUCCCCGGGAGGUCUGGGGUGCCAAAACAGUGGGUUUUCAGGAGCCCGAGAUUUGCUGGAAACAGCAAAGUUGGAUACUUUAUUCAGCAAAAAUGGCAUGCACGGCCCGGACUCCGGGACCUCUGGGGAGGAGCAGCUGCAUAGCAGACAGCGUCCCCACGACAGGUUCCAAGUACAGGUGGAGAGUGAUAGCUGCCGUCCAGGGGCCCCUGUGGGGAGAGGGAGCCUGGUCCUGGUGUCAUUGCUUAGGAAGGAAAACAGACACAGCUGUCCUCGAGCGAACAGUGACCCCAAGCCCGUGUCCACCCAGGACCUCAGAAUGUGACUUGCUGGGUCAGGGUGACCCUCAAUCCAAUGACAUGUGUCCUUGUAAGAGACAGAAGAGGAGACAGAUGCAGAGGAGAAGGCACGUGAGGACGGAGGCAGAGAUGGGAGAGACGUGACCACCAGCCCAGGGACGCCGGGAGCCCCAGAAGCUGCAAGAAGCAAGAAGGACCCUGCCCCGGAGCCUCAGGAGGGAGCCCAGCCCUGCCCCGCCUGGAUCUCAGCAGCCCUGCCCCGCCUGGAUCUCAGACUGGUCUCCAGAGCUGGGAGGGAAUGAAUCCUGGUGGUUUUAAGUCUCCGGUAUGGGGUGGCCUCCCCAGGACGCAGCAUCUGGGCCACUCUGAAAUUGCAACUUGGAUCAUGGGACCCAAUCUCUUAGCAUGCAGGGCUCUCAGGACCCCUGCAGGGUCUGCCCUCGUGACACCAUGGAGCUGCCCCGAGAGUCCCCAACACACGGCCCCAGAGAUUUCCAACACCGCCAAUGCCUUUCUGCACACCGUCUCCAGAUUUUUAGUUCCGGAAGGGGCCUCCCAGGCGGACGGGGCGGGUGCUGCCAUCUCCGGGGUCCCAAAGCUAGAGGCUCCCCAAGGCGGUUUGCAGAGAGAAGGCCUGAGUCCCAGCGGGCACUCCCCACCCACGGGCUCCUCAGUCCUCCAGACCACGUGGCCGAGAGGUGACUUCUCUCCUCUUCCGCGUACACGUGUGGAAUCUGAAAACAACGCUGAGGGCCACCCUUCACAGGGACGCCUGCCCCGGGAGUAACUCCUCGGUUCCAGCUGCCCGUUAUGUGCCGCGCACCCCAGAGGUUAGUGUAUACCGUGGGGACCCCAACACCAGCCUCUGGAGGCGCCAGUCCCCCUCCCUGGGCGUGGUCUCAGAAUGAAACCCAGUUUCGUAGGUUUGCCUCGUGCCGUGCUUGUCUGGGGUGUGCAGAGGCACGUGCAGGGGGCAAGCAGGUGAGUGCAUGCUACGCUCGCCCUUGGGUACAGAGAGUCAGCCUUCGGGGUCCCCUCGACACUCUGGGAUUACACGUAGUCAUUGCCCACCGCCUUGCAGCAGGAACGUCCCCACAGGGGACAGCACCUGAGCACAUGAGUGCUGAAUGCCCAGGUGCGUGCAUGGAACUCAAAGUCACCACAGGAACCUUCCGAGACACCGCUUGAGACUCACCUGGAGAAGGACUUACCUGAGGGCACACAGGUGGCUCCCAAAAGGCUGGCCCGAGGGACCCAGACUCCGCAGGGCAAGAGCCCCGACCCGCCGCUCUUCUCGACUCUCCCAAACCCAAACCCUAGAAAGCAACGUCGAGGCAGCGGCCGCGUCCAGAGUCGGAAAUCCUGAGCCAGCAAGACGCCCCCAACCACGCUCUGGGCGUGGGCCUCGGUGCGUCUGGUGCACAAAAGCUGUGAAAACCUCAAACCAGCCGCACAGAACACGCCGGCGGCCCGUGAGAAGCCGCACACCCCGAUUCUGGAGGAAGUCUGUCUACGUGACCUGCUCCUCCGCGGGAUGUCAGGCCUCUGGAGCCCUCGGGGGACCGAGGGGACUGUCAGCGGGGUCAGUGCCCAGCCAGCGGGCAGAUCUCAGCGUGGGGUGUUAGCGGGAAGGUGGGAGUUGCGAUCACACCGGGUCCUUCUUGUUGCUGCGAAUCCCAGUGCACGGGUCCCUGCUUCAUGCCACCGUGUCUGUCCUAUCGUCUGAAAUCCCAGGGCUGGCCUUGCUUCUAGUUCCACACGCAAAUAAUGUUGUGUGCUCUGUGCAUGUGUGUGCGUGUGCAUGUGCGUGCGCGUGUGGGUUCCCCAGAAACCUGACCUGUUCUCCUGUUGGGCAGCCAAUAAAAGUAGACACGUGCAUGGGUGCAUCCAGGUGUGAACUUUUUAAAAAGCUGUGGCACCGGGAUCCAGCCGCUGAUUGCAUGCGGAGAGCCAGAGGCAGCCUGAGACAUAGGACCCUGGACGCCAACCCCGAGUUUUCCCCCACGCAGAAGGGGAACUGCAUGUCUCGUUCUGGCCUCCGAGACCCCGGCUUUCCAAAGACACGUACCAUCUCCCUUUGAAGCACACGCUGAAGCCAGGCGCUGGGGUCUGCAACGGCCAGACUCUCCACAGAGCGUGGAUUCGGGUUCCUGGGAGGCUCACGGCACGCAUCGGGGCAGCACGCCACGGACGGGACGUACGGUGGAAUCAGGGAUUUGUUGCCUGAGAUGAUGGAGCUUUUGAAAAGAAAUGCUUUUUUUGUAAGACG